AUAGAUAACUUGUAUGUCUAUGUAAAUCAUCACUGGGCAUUGUAUUUGUCCAGCGGCAGCGUUUUGGCUUCGAUGAGUUGGCCGAAUCUCUGGUCAAUAAUUUUCUUUGCCAUGUUGGCAUUGAUGGCGUUGAUUACAAUGAUCACUUCCUUAUUUUCGGUAUUCCAAAGCGUAUUCGAUGAGUUCGAAAUGUUGCGUUCGCGUAGAACUGAAGUCACUUUUGGACUGAUCGGUGUGCUAGCAGUUCUAUCCUUGUAUACUUGUUCAAAUCACGGCGUCGUUUUCUUCAGCGCUAUGUCGAUGGACUCACUCUUCACGCAAACAGCACUCAAUCUUCUACUGCUGCUGGUCGUACUAUGGAUUUACGGCCGUUUCCGCUUUCAGCGUGAUAUCGAAUUCAUGCUGGGCCAACGUUUUCCCACAUGGAAAGUGAAUGUAUUGCGGUUUGUUGCGCCGAUUUGCCUCUGUUUACUAUUGUUAAUUGCGGUUAUUGCUGCCUACUACGAGCACAGUAUCGCCUCAAUCGUCAUCCAUAUUGUAGCGGUUUUGCUCAUCAUUCUACCUUGGCUCUACUUACCCGGUUACAUGAUCUAUUUGCUGCUGCAAACAUCGGGCCCAUUUAUGAUGCGCUUUCGACGUUGCUGUCGGCCAAUGGAUUGGUAUCCCGUUGAAAUGGAGGAACGACAACGUUACGAAGAGGCUAUGGGUAAUAUGGAUAUUACGCAUCAAUUGAGUCAAAUUGAAGAUGAAGUUGCGCCAUAAAAAGCUUGUGAGAUUGUGCAAUAUGUAAAAGAAUUUCCAACAUAAAUACUACGGCUAAAAAUUAUAACUAAAUUACUGUAUAUAUGUAUGUAGAUAUGUAUAUGUGUAACUAUAUAUGCACAUAAUUGUGAAUGUAUAAGGAAAUUGUGAUUUUGUUAAAUGAGAAAAAUUAUUAGCAGAGCUUCGUAAAUAGUAGCUGUAGUGAAAGUUUAGUAGAGAAAUUGCUUUUCCACAAACCCUAUUUGUAAAAGCUUUGCAUCAACCAAAGACGGAUUUAUGAAAAUGUUAAAAUAGUUUUUUUUUUUUUUUUAAUGAAUAAAUGCUCUUACUUUA